ACCACUGACUAUGGAAGGUAGUAGAUGUCUCAGCCCCAGUACUACUAUACUGCUACUAGUAACAAGUAGUAGUAUCCAUGAUGGAGGUAAUUGCACGGAAUCAGAAGCCAAUCAAAUGCAUGAACGCAGCAAGCGGUUGCAGCAUGGAAUGAUUAGUCGGGUUGUUUCAAAAAAGAAAAAAGGAAAAAAAUUGAGAGGUCUGGCGGCUUUGAGCCUAAUGGCCAGUGCGACGGUGGCAGCCACAUUACCACCACAAAUUAUUGAGGGAUUGAGUUCUCUGUCUGAUCCUUAUUUCACUUCCAAUGUUGAUUUUUUGGUUCGUCUAGUGAUGUUAGCUCUAUGCGACCUGUCCUAUGGACUGAGAUACAUAUAUCCUUAAAGGGUGAUCUAAGAUUUUGCUCCAUCCCGGACUUUUGCCAGCUGGGAUCCCACCGUCGCACCUCUCAAUGUUGUUCAAAAAUGAACCAGAGCAAUCAGAGCACAAGACCACGUAGGUCAUCACUUACACAGCACCUGCAACGCAUAUUGCGUAUUGAUGGCCCUGGAAAUAGGCACUGCACAGGCUCGCAGGUCCUGUCUGAUGCGGGUUCCACACCUACGCCCCAGCAACGGAAAUCCGCACAAAGGGCACAGGCACAUCCAAGUUCCCACAAUGUGAACACCGAGCCAUCUCACGUUCACACGAAGAAACAUAUUUCUUACUCUGACACACCUUUGGGCUCUAAACCUGUCCUUAUAAGUGAAGAGCAAUCCGAAAGCCUUCCAAUAUCGCCAGCUUAUGAGAUAUUUCGCCAUGAAUUACAUACAUCUUCUAAACCCGAAGAGACUUCUAAUAUAUCCGAUAUCUGUGUCUCACCCACAAGAGCCAGCAAUGACACGCAGAGAAAGGAAAGACGAGCUACAUUGCGGCUCGAUGCAGAAAGGUUAGAGCUCGAGAAGAAGUUGAUGAAGCUGGAGCAAGCGGAUUCGACCAAGGAUUAUAGUUCAUUGAGACGAGAACCCCGCCGCCUCGCCAAGAAGCAGCCCUUUGGUAGCUCAAGUAGAGCGUCAAGUGUAAGUGCAGACGAAUCUAGAACAACCAAACGAUUUUCGUCAAUAUUCUCAAGCUCAAGGCGUUCAUCGCGAUCGCGAUCGCGAUCAAGCUCAUUCAAUGAGGGCGACAAGGUCUCCCCCAGACAUCACUCAGUUGGACCCGGAGAAAUCUCGAAGCCUAGUCCUGGGGCUCAACCUACUACUCCUUCAUUAUCCAUGACCUUGCCUGAACGCUUUGGUACAGCCAUCUCCAAGGAGCUAGCUGUCCAAAGCAAUCCGCUGCUUCCGAAUUAUACACCAUCCUCACAACCACAAAAGCCUUCCAAUUCAGACGUAGCCACGACAGCUGUUAAUGGACCGGGGAGCAGUAAUGAUUUGAACAAAGAUGAGAGAGAUACCUCGCAUAGACCGGGGCCUAGAAAGCUUGGGCAAGAGGCGACAGAGGAAGCUAUUUCUAUAAGCAUUUCGGAUGUACAAGGUCCUGAUCCACCAGCAGAGCUAGACCGUUUAUCAUUUGCAGCUGCCUUGAACCUUGGACAGAGGGCUUCCGAUAAAACACAGCCACUUGGGCGUCUUUCGCAACCAGCUCCCCCUCAAAACGCAGCAUCUCGAGUAGAGAACUCUUGUGAACUGGGCACCGUUGGCCCGAAAAGAGCACCGGCUUCUAACAUUCCCUCUAACACCAACUAUCCCAAAGUUCGAAAUUCUCUUACUGCCUUCCAAACAGCCACGCCGAGAAGAGCACCGAUUAGAAACCCUCCAGGCAAAAUUCAGGGACGCCAUAGGGGAUUCACAUCGUCUCCGCUUUCAGGCUUUCCUCGAACAAAUAGCACCACUUUGUCGUCCCCAGACGCCGUCCCAGCUGAGCUAAAAUCCGCAGGCUUUGAUGGCAUAUGUCGCACAGAGCCUUCAGCAUCCUCCAAGAUCACUGUUCCUCUCAACACAAAUAUACCGUACUCAGUAUCUUCAUUGCGACUAUCGAGUGGAAACGACCGCGAAGACGUGCAGGCUUCAAGCGGGCCCUUUGAGGUUGCAAACAAAUACAAGGGGGUCCCACGAAACCGUCUAGUCAAUGAUCCAAGGUUGAAAAAAAACAAAUCCAGGCCUUGUUUCAGUCAAACAAUCCCCAAUUCCCGAUCAAAGGGGCUUCCUGUUUUAUCCCAUAUCUCAGACCAGGGAGUGCAGCAUGCAACGGAUCCUGAAAAACUGCUGUAUUAUGAAUCGCCAAAUGGUGCAUUUACGAAUGACUCACAUAGCCUUCCAUCGAGACCUACCAGCCUAGGUAAAAGAUCUACAGCACAAACCACUUCAGAAAGGAAAGAGAUCUCUCCUUAUCGAAGGAUUCCAGACCCCAGAAGCCGAGAGAUGUCCUCGCCGAGGAGUGACCCAACAAACGUUCUAGAUCACAAAUUAGGACAAUCAGUUGUCUCUUUGUCAACAAGCACGUCCCAUGAGCCAGAGUCUGAGGAAUACAAUACUGCUGAUGAAGCUGCAUCAAGCGUUUCGGAGUCGCGGGGAGAAUGUAUCCCGGCUAAGCAUUUAGAGAAUUUUUCUGCCUCUACUGGUGUUAGCAACUCUUCUAAUAAAGAGAUGUCUUCCGAACUGCACCGCGCAUCUCAAGCUGUGGACCCUAACAGAGCAGCUCUCCAGCUAAGACAAGCUGUAGAAAGUGCAAAAAAGCUGCAGCAAGACCAACUAGUUGCGAAGCUGUUCGUCAUCUGCUGUCAUUGCAAGUUCUGGCAUGAUAUGCCGCCUGAGAUGUAUGCAAGAUUGGCUUUCCCUACCAAGUCUUCUGCCCACACAGGUCACAGCCAUCCUAUACCUCUCAUCCCAAAAUCAAUGCCCAACGACCAAGCUUCAGCUAAAACGACAGCAGGUGCUUUGUUAGGGCCAUCCGUGCAAUUGUCGGCUACUAGACAGGAGAGCACUUCAGCACUAAGACCUAUGGCGCAGCUUCCUGGCCCUGUUGUACGAUGCUGCUGGUGCGAACAUCACAUGAGCAGGGUGUGCUGUCAAGGAUGGACUACAAUUGUCCAUCUGCGCGAAAGGCACCAUUGACUGCUUCUAUUCCUACUGAAAUAGAUAUUCAUGAUUUGCUCUAGCUGGCGGGGGUAACACCCCCCGAAGAGGAAAGAAUCUGGGGGGCCCAGUGGGAAGACCUUACUGUUUGGUCAUCUACUGUGCUCUAUCUAACACCACAUAUGUUUAUAUUUGGAUAGAUUAUGUAUUCGAGACGUUACGAAUCUCAAAGUACAAGGCUUGAUUCAUGUUUGCAUUUUCUCUCCCCCCUCCCCCGU